AUUACUUGUUCCAGUUCCACCAUAAAAGCUUUGAGAAAUGGCUCUCAGCCUACCCACCCCAUUCCCGCACCAUCAAUAAACCAUGCCACCAUCAGCAGCCACCAAUUUCUUCCACCACCCAAAUCUCAGAAUCUUCCACCGCCGUUCUUGUUGGCUCAAAUCUCUGAAACCCAUUUCUUUUCCCAGAAUUCCCAUCAAAAAACUGGAUUCAUCAGGUGGGUUUGUUCCAAAGAAAGCUGUUUCAGGGCAGAGGAGCAGAGUCAUGGGUUCCAACUCCAUGGUUGAGCUGAUAAAGAUGCUGCCUUUUCGAAACGCCGAUGGCGAAGACGGCGGCGGAGAGCUUCAUCGUGAAGAUUACAUUGAUGGGACUUCGGAGUUGAGUCCUUUGGUUGUGGAUAAUGGGUUGGAAUCGAAGCUCAAUCGACUGAGCAAGUGGAUAAUAUCUGCUUUAUUUGCUGUGGUGAUUCUAUGGAGGCAUGACGGAGAAGCCAUAUGGGCUGCAAUGGGGUCUGUUGUAAAUUCAAUCCUAUCUGUUAUACUCAAAAGGAUACUGAACCAGGAGAGGCCAAUUCCGUCGUUGAGAGCUGAGCCCGGAAUGCCUUCUUCCCACGCACAAUCCAUCUUCUACAUUGUUACGUUCACUAUUUGGUCAAUUGUGGAAUGGCUAGGGAUGAAUGAGAUUUCUCUGACUGUCACUGCAUUUGCCUUGGCGUUUGGUACAUAUUUUUCGUGGUUACGAGUCUCACAAAAACUUCAUACACUCAGUCAAAUUGUUGUGGGUGCUGCAUUCGGAACUAUUUUCGCCAUCUUUUGGUUCUGGACAUGGAAUGCUUUUGUGGAGAAAGCAUUUGUUUCGUCUUUAUGGGUUCAAAUAGUUGUAUCUGUGGGGGCUGCUGGAUUUUGUCUAGGAUUUGUUGUGCAUGUAAUUCGUUAUUGGCUCAAGGAUGAAAGUUAUUGCGGAGGAUCCUCAUCGGGGCAUUGAAAAGAGAAAUACCAUUAGACUAAGUAGUCGGUAAUUUUAAAUUUCUGUUGAGUGUCAGUUUUAGUUGAUGAAUCAGAAAUUUGGACGCCUUCCGAUUAUCCAAUUACAAAAUGCGGAUGAAAAGAAAAAAUUGUAUACAAAAUUGAGAAAGCAUAUAAAGGAGUGACAAAAUGAUUCGAA